AUCUCAACUUCAAUCAACUUUACUUCAACAACAGGUUUGGUUUAUCAACUACUCAACUUGUGUAGCAUCUCAACUUCAACAUGGCUCUUAAACGUAUCAACAAGGAGUUGCUUGAUCUCGGCCGCGACCCUCCCUCCUCUUGCUCAGCUGGUCCACAGGGCGAUAACAUGUUUCAAUGGCAAGCUACUAUCAUGGGACCCGCCGACAGUCCCUACGCUGGUGGUGUUUUCUUCUUAAUAAUCACUUUUCCAACCGAUUAUCCUUUCAAGCCACCCAAGGUUUGCUUUCAAACCAAAAUUUAUCAUCCUAACAUCAACGCGAACGGCUCUAUCUGCCUUGAUAUACUGAGGGAACAAUGGUCACCAGCUCUCACCAUCUCCAAAGUAUUACUCUCCAUAUGCUCGAUGCUUACCGACCCGAAUCCGGACGAUCCACUCGUACCGGAGAUAGCCAACCUGUACAAAACCGACCGAGCAAAAUACGAGGCAACUGCUCGCGAACACACCCGUAAACACGCCAUGUAACUUCUUUGCCCGUUUAUCAUCACUCUGUUUUCAAAACUUUGUUUUUUGUCUAUAAUGAACCAGUUUACGGUCCCGUGAGAGCUAGCUCGUUGAUGUACAAGUAUCAUGGGGAAGUGGAGGAGUAGGAAUCCGAAUCGAUAUCAUCACACAUGAUAUGUUCUCUGCC